UCCUGACGUUGCUCUGUGUUCUUGUCUGCGUCCAAGUCCAUUUCGUCCAGUCCGCGCUUGAGGCCAGACUCACGAAACUGCAAGCGUGCGUGCAUUGUAUGUAUGCAAUGAAUGCGCAUGCGGACCAAUGUGGGCCCAGGUGUUUCCCGGUGGGUUACGAUCUCCAGAUAUGCUAAUUCUCUAGAGGCACACAUGUUUCGCUUGGUGCGACUCGCCGACAGGCCAAGAACGCUCCUGGCCUCACAUCACAAGCGAUCGGACAUACCGUUCAACACGGCCCGCAACCUCUUGCCUCUCAUUUUUCUCCAGCCUCAAGCCGUCCACGAGCAAAGCAUACCGGGAUCGCCGCCAGGGCCACACAGACAGGAGCAGACAACAUGGCUCACUCGUCUCUGCCGAGCCCGACAGCUAACCUGCACAACGCAUGCACAGCUUCGCACGCGAAUCAAGCGGUCCUUCCCCACACGACGACCAGCCGCUUCGUUCUCUUGGCUGUCCAAGCGGGAGAGCACACAGCGGGGUCGAGGCAGAGAGCCAGUGACGGCGACAGCAUGGGCCUUUCGCACACGCAGCCAGGAACGAUCACGGCGGCCGAACAGUGCGCCUCCAGCGCACACGAUGCGUUGCUCUGCGGGAUGAGGAUGAUGGGAGUGAAGCGUCGAGGCGUGCUGGACCGUGCAGGACAGCCCGCCGACUCCGGCUUACGGACGGACGGACGGCCUGCCGUCAGUCGCGCUCGGGGGCCUGCUAAGGCGGGCUCGUCGGUACGUGUCAUACAUGUGAUCGCCAGCCACGGAGCAACCUUGCCAGGCUUG